AUGUCGCCCAUGGUCCUGGAAAACGAUGUAGAAGUCGGAGAGAGUCUGCCGCCGGCAACUGAGCACGCGGUUAGUGUGUCACUGCCUACAUGGCGGGCAAACGUUGGAUAUGAAGAGGGUGAAGAAUGGGUCAUCAGCAAAAUGAAGACUGGCUAUCCUAGAUUCUUCAUACAUAAGAUCAUACAAGCCUUUGCGGCUGCAAUUGUCGACAAGCAUGGCAAAGAGGGAGAUAGUGCCAUGCUAUUCCCCACAAACACGACGGCAUCGAGGUGUCAAGAAUUCUUCCUACGACAAGCACCAGAACUGGAUGCGUCGCAAGUUCGGAUUCUGGAUUUCGUACCGGCAGCUGAAAGAGCUCGCUCUGACGAAUUGCAAAUUAUUUCACCGAGAGUAUCAGCCGUCCUCUUCCCAAAAGAUCGCUUCAGCAUCGCAAAGACAUUUUGGCAGCACUCCGGAGAUGGUGUCUCAAGUCGUAGAGCAGAGUACUGCUCUCAGCUCUUCAAGGAGGGCAUCUUGGUAGAAGCGUCCACUGUCAACCAGCCAGCAAGAGUGUGCAAGGGUCCCAGACGGUAUCAGAAGCAGACGUCGAUUGACCUCGGCGCUUCGGACACAUCCACCAACGGCAACGGAGAAGUGCAAGAUCCUUCGCAGUUCGUCGAGGAGAGAUUCGGACGCAACUUGGAUCUCUCAAAAACCAAGAACGCAAAGCUGGCCAUUCGAAGGCGCAUUGCAGGUUCAUUGACCGCGGACGUCAGCUUGACAGAAGCAAUGACCCUGGAUCAUGACGCGGCAAGGAAGAGGCCGGUAGCAGGCUUCUCUGAGGAUGACGUCUAUCUGUAUCCCACCGGAAUGAGCUCUAUAUUCAACGCUCACCGGAAUCUACUCAGAGCAAAGGGCUCAAAGAGGGCCAUCGUCUACGGCUUCCCAUACAUCGACACAUUGAAAAUUACCGAAAAGUUCGGACCUGGUUCGCAGUUCUACGGCUUCGGUUCAUCAGAAGAACUAGAUGACCUCGAGCAACGACUAGAAGGUGGCGAGAGAUUUGUCGCCCUCUUCACCGAGUUCCCCGGAAACCCGUUACUCAGAUCUCCGGAUCUGGAGCGCAUACGCAAACUAGCCGACGAGUACGAUUUUUGCGUCGUAGUAGAUGAGACUAUUGGCAACUUCAUCAACGUCAAUGUUCUACAGUAUGCGGACGUUGUUGUCAGUAGUCUGACCAAGGUGUUCAGCGGAGACAGUAAUGUCAUGGGUGGAGGACUGGUGCUCAACCCCAAAGCAAAGAACUACGCCCUCCUCAAGCGCACAUGGGAAGAAGACUACGAAGACAACCACUGGGCCGAAGACAGCAUCUUCCUCGAGCGCAACAGCCGUGACUUCGUCUCAAGAAUCGACCGUAUCGGUACCAACGCUGAAGCCAUCUGCGACGUACUCAGCGCACACCCUCGCGUCAAACAAGUAAACUACCCCAAAACCUCACCAACGCGCCCCUUCUAUGAGAAAUGCCGCAACCCGUCCGGUGGCUACGGCGGCCUCCUCUCCGCCACCUUCUACACAAAAGCCGACGCCAUCGCCUUCUUUGACAACCUCGAUACAGUGAAAGGACCUAGUCUGGGUACAAACUUUACACUCAGCUCGCCGUAUGUCAUUUUGGCGCAUUAUGGCGAGUUGGAUUGGUGUGCGAAAUGGGGCGUGGAAGCGGAUUUGAUUCGUUUUAGUGUUGGGUUGGAGGAGACAAGCAAGUUGGUCGAGACGUUUAAGAGGGCGUUGGAUGCGAUUCCUGCUGCAGAGUAG